AUGACACUGCAUCAUCUAAAUCCUCUUAAAUUUUGCUUCCAACCCACCCAGCUCCUCGCCAGAACCUCCAGAUCUCUCCAAAGUUCAGAGAAAUGUUCAGAACGGGUUUACUACUCCACCCAACCCCAACCCAACCCUCAGAAGAAGCGCCACAUCCCAGUAAUGGCAAAAGAAGUCGUUCAGUACCUGAAACCGUUGCCUGGGGAUACUUUUAUAGACAUGACCUUUGGUGCUGGUGGUCACACCUCCCGAAUCCUAUCGGCCUGUCCAGAUAUCCGGAUAUUCGCUCUGGAUAGAGACCCCGUGGCUCACGAAUUAGCUCAUGAGAUGGCUAAACAGUUUCCAGGACAGAUGAUCCCUCUUCUGGGCAAGUUCUCAGAGCUACCAGGACUAUUGGCGACUCACAAGGUUCGUCCAAACACCAUCGAUGGAUUCUUAUUCGACUUUGGGUGCUCCUCGAUGCAGUUCGACGUGGCAGAACGUGGAUUCUCACUGUCGCAAAAUGGGCCUCUGGACAUGAGAAUGGAUGGACAUCGCUUUCCAGACGAGCCAACAGCAGCGGAUGUUCUCGAACGAGCAACAGAGGCCGAUAUAGCGAGGAUAAUAAAAUUCUACGGCGAGGAGAAAGCAGCAAAAAAAAUUGCAAGAGCAAUAGUCGAUGCCAGAUUUAGUUUCAAAAAAUUGGAGACGACUUGGGAGCUAGCCAGGCUGGUUGAGUCAGCCCUUGGCGGUGAGUUGAGGAGCGAUCAGCUGGGAAGAUUCUCUCACGGAGCCACGAAGACUUUCCAGGCCCUCAGAAUUUUCGUUAACAACGAGAUGAAUGAGAUUAACUAUGCGAUGUUAAUAGCUGAGAAGUAUCUGAAGUUCAAUGGGAGAGUGAUCACAAUUUGUUUUCACUCUCUCGAAGACACAAUUGUUAAAAGACAUCUGGCUGGUAAUGUCAGCAAUGAUAUGGCUAACAUAUCACCUCUGAGGUACUACAACUAUGGAAAAGUAUUUGAGCACGAAGAGGUCGAUCAGAUUACUGAAGUCCCUUGGAAGAUGCUACACAAACACGUUAUAUUGCCCAGCGAUGAGGAAAUCGAGGAGAAUGCCAGGGCAAGAUCAGCUAAAUUUCGAGCCAUUGCUAAAAUUGUGUGAGUCACGUUAUCACGUGUAAGUAUAAUUAAUGAGUUUUUAUCAGUGGAUUAAUAAAAAUGUAGAUAAUUACUUCAA